CUGCCACGGGGAUGUGUGAAUUGUUUACCCUUUGCUUCUACGACCUGUUUACUAAUGAAAAGCUCUGAAUGAUGAAAAUCUUUUGAGAUGAAAAACGGCACUUUUGGAGAUCAUUUUUUGCUUGUGCGCGGUUGGUGCCUAAUCUCGCGCUUAAGCAGCCUGUUGUUUGUGUCCGUGGAGAAACGCACAACUUUGCCCAGAUCUGGAGCCGGAGCUGGAGUGGGGGUUGCAGCUGGUCUGAACGGCGCACCAGGGCCACACACAGGGUGCCAGGAGGGGGACCAACGGAGCGGCCCCGGUGUUCACCCGUUCUGUGGUUUGGGGCAUCCGGUGCAGCUGUGGAGCGGCGAUGAGGAUAAUGGUGGUGGUGAUGAUGAUGAUGAAUGGCCCCGGAGCCCGAGCAGGCACCGGGGUUUCACCACCGCUGUGGUUACUAUUGUGCGUCCUGGUCUUUGUCACACCGUGCGCUCAGUUGCACCCGCAGCCGUGCCAGGUGCUCAAAAAAAUCGGCCACACGGUACGAGUCGGGGCGUUGCACGUUCAGCCCCGGUUGUUCUCUGCCAACGCCGGUUCUGAAGCCUGGGACACCGAGGGGGGUUCAACUGGGAGCGGAGAGCGGCGGCUGGAGUUGGAAAAACAGGUCAGAACAAGUGCCAGUGUUCCUGGGCUUGGAAGCCUAAGGACUAGAGGCACCGUGAGCCAACGGGGCACGAACAGGAGCAAGAGCCAAGCGCGGCAACGGGAGGAGAACACCUCAAGGGAGAACCGGGUUUUCGCGCCCAGAGAUUCGGUUUUGGUCGCUGUCGAAGCAAUGAACCGAGCCGGAUUGCUUCCCUAUAAUUUAUCGUUGGAGCUGGUCAUGGCUGUUGGGUCCGGACUCGGAGAACUGCCCUCAUUCUCCUUCUCUUCCUCGGGCAGCCCCGAGAACGAGGAUCCACUGUCUUUCGUGGAGAGCGUCUGUCAUACCGUGGUUGUGCAGGGGGUUUCCGCCAUGAUCGCCUUUCCCCGCAACCGGGACGAGUUUGUUAAGUUGGAGUUCAUCUCGCUUGCGCUUCAGGUGCCAGUCGUCAGCGUUGUUCAAAGGGAGUUCACGCGUCACAGCGAGAAUUCUCUCCAUUUCCAAAUGGCGAUGCGUACAGUAGAGGCCCCCCCAUCCCGUCUCCUCUACUCACUUCUCAUGAUGAAUGGCUGGUGGGACAUCAGCGUUCUGGUCUGCCAGGAAUGGGACAUCAGAGACUUUCUCCUCCUCAUCAAGAACAACACCCGCUUCCAUUUGGGUACUCUUGUCAAUCUGACAACUACCACUUUGACCUCAUCACCAGCUUCAUCCUCAUUAUCGUCCUCCAGUAUGACACCAACAGGAGUGGAGGCAGCAGCAUCAUUGUCAACUGCGUUGUAUGUCUCCUCUGUUGCCUCAUCCUCUUCAUCCUCCUCUAAAUUAGACCAGCAGCAGGCUCUCAUGAAGCAUCUGGAUGCCCUAAAAGAACCUUCAACCACGACAGCAGUGGUGACAUUUGGAUGUGAUAUCCGAGAAGUGCGUCGCCUGUGGACGCUGGCCACCCGGAUGAUGCUCCCAGACUUUCACUGGGUCCUGGGAGACAGCCAAAAUGUGGCUGAGCUUAGAACAGAGGGGUUACCUUUGGGGCUACUAGCUCAUGGGGUCAUGGGGUCACCUUCACUGGAUCACUAUGUUCAUGAUUCACUGGAGCUGGUGGCUCGAGCAGUGGGCAGUGCGGCCCAAGUGGAUCCUGCUUUGGCACUUGUACCUGGGACUACCAACUGUAUGGAUGUACAGCAAAGCAACAGCAGUUCAGGGGAAUACUUGUCAAGAUUUCUUUCCAACACAUCAUUUGAGGGCCAGAGUGGUUUUAUAUCCAAAGACACUCUCAGCCAGAAUGUCAUCUCUGAGGCCCAUCACUACAUCUGGUCCCUCCAGCUGGACCCCUUAGGCCAGCCAACCUGGACUCGUCUGGGACGCUGGCGCCGGGGGAGAGUCCUGAUGGACCAGGGGGCCUGGCCAAGCCAUCAUGGUUCUGGGAGUGGGGGAGACUGGCGCCGACCCACACGACUCCACAUGCGGGUGGUUACACUAGUGGAGCACCCGUUUGUGUUUACCCGUGAGGUGGAUGGGGAUGGGAUGUGUCCUGCAGGCCAGCUGUGCCUUGAUCCACUCACCAAUGAAUCCUCAGUUUUAGAGGGACUCUUCCAGAACCUUGCAGGACCUAAUGGAUCUGUUCCGACAGAGCUGAAGAAAUGCUGCUAUGGUUACUGCAUUGACCUGCUAGAGAAGCUCGCUGAGGACAUGGGCUUUACUUUUGACCUCUAUAUUGUUGGCGAUGGGAAGUAUGGGGGAUACAAGAAUGGUCGCUGGACAGGAUUGGUUGGAGACCUUCUCAGUGGUGCUGCCCACAUGGCUGUGACAUCUUUUAGCAUUAAUUCAGCCCGAAGUCAAGUAAUUGACUUCACAUCUCCCUUCUUCUCCACCAGUCUUGGAAUUCUGGUUCGUACCCGUGACACUGCUGCACCCAUCGGGGCCUUCAUGUGGCCCCUCCACUGGUCCAUGUGGCUCGGCAUCUUUGUCUCCCUCCAUGUCACUGCUGUUUUCCUGACGUUGUACGAGUGGCACAGUCCGUUCGGUAUGACCCCCCGUGGACGAAACCGCGACCGGGUGUUUUCCUUCUCCUCAGCACUCAACGUCUGCUACGCUAUUCUGUUUGGCCGAACAGUGGCCAUCAAGCCCCCAAAGUGUUGGACCGGUCGUCUACUAAUGAAUCUAUGGGCCAUCUUCUGUCUCUUCUGUUUGUCCACCUACACUGCAAACCUGGCUGCUGUUAUGGUGGGAGAGAAGACAUAUGAACAACUGUCAGGCAUACAUGACCCAAAGUUGCACCAUCCCUCUCAGGGAUUCCGAUUUGCUACAGUGAGAGAAAGCAGUGCAGAGGACUAUGUCAAAAAGAGUUUCCCUGAAAUGCAUGAGUACAUGAGAAGAUACAACGUCCCAGCGACACCAGAUGGAAUACAUAAUCUCAAGGCUGACCCACAGAAACUGGACGCAUUCAUCAUGGAUAAAGCUUUGCUAGACUAUGAAGUCUCCAUCGAUGCAGAUUGUAAAACACUAACAGUUGGAAAACCCUUUGCUAUUGAAGGUUAUGGCAUUGGCCUCCCCCAGAACUCUCCACUAACCUCAAACAUCUCUGAACUUGUUAGUCAGUACAAGUCAGAUGGUUUCAUGGACAUGCUGCAUGACAAAUGGUACAAGGUUGUGCCCUGUGGGAAGCGCAGCUUUGCUGUGACUGAGACGCUGCAGAUGGGUAUAAAACACUUCUCCGGUCUGUUUGUGAUGCUGUGUGUGGGUGUGGCCUUAUCUCUCCUGACCACAAUAGCAGAGCACAUUGUAUACAAGCUGGUCAUCCCCAGGGUCAAGGAGCCACGCUUCAAAUACUGGCUGCACACUAGCCAGAGAUUACACCGGGCCCUCAACUUGGUCUUCACAGAUGACAAACUACCAACGGUUACCAAGCCUGAGAAAAGGUGCAAUGAGGGAAACAACCAGUCAGCAUCCUGGAAUCCUGCAGAGUCCUCUCACUGCAACAGGCGUAGGGUCCUUCCCCAAGAGGUUCAGAAUGACCUAGAAAGACCAUCUUCCCAGGAUCUUCCUCCUCCACCACCCCCUUCUCCGCUGCCUCACCCCCACUCCAUUCCCCUAUUAGAGAAACACCUCCCUAUAGUGACCACUUCGAACGGCCGUUCUGACCUGUUGGGGCGAGGCCUGGGGCCAGGGCAGGGGGGCUCUGGUCAGGGGACAACCCCGGUGCAGUGCCGGGGUUCGGGAGUGGGUGAAUGCAUCCCAGGCCUGGGUGUGGGCCGAAACCCGCUGGUUCAGGAGCUCUCAGAACUGGAAGGUCAGAUUCUUAUGAUUAAGCAGCAGCUGCAGUCUGCCAUGAGAAGGAAGAGAGAGCUAGAACAGUACCAAUCAGAAAACCAGACUGCACCCAGUCAGCCCACCACACAACAGUCUAAUCAGUUCACUCAGUAUACCCAGUCCUACCAGCAGACUAACCAACACACAAACAAGCUGCCAGAGUUCUGAAGCUUUUCUCCUCUCUUGUUAACCUGGUUAGAUGUGGGACUAGUUUCCAAACCUUAUGUAGGUUGUGGAAAACACUGAUCUAUGCUUGAUGUCUGGGGCUGGAACCUUCACUGGAGGCAGGAUCCUCCUCUGGACUGGAAUGUUCUCCAGGGAUCUGAUCUUGCUUUGUAACCCCAGCUGAACAUUUCCCUGAAUUCUGGAACAUGGGAUUUAAUGGAACAGGAGGCACUAAGCAAAAAUUAACCAGGAACCCAGAACCAAAUCUGUUCUGACACCUUCACUAGCUGCUUUCAUAGAAGAGCUGUACAACCCAUCCCCCCAUCAAAACCCACUUUCUUAUCCUCCUGUUAUUUUUUCAUCUGCUUACAUUCUUAUUUCUCUCCACUCUGUCCUUUUUUUCCCAUUCCAUCUCUUCCUUCUAAGCCUUUUCUCCUCGAAGGUACAGAUUUGCUUGCAUUGAAGAAAAGCUUGGUCAUAGAUAAAAGAACUCACAGGUAUUUAGGCUUAAUGGGCUAAAUCACCUGAGUCUAAUGUUGAGACUCACUAAGUGUGUAAAUGACCUAGAGUUGAACCCAACCAGUUAUGUCUUUAGGUCCUGUGAGUCUUGCUGAAACCUUCUAUCUUUAAAAGAAAAAAAAAAAAAAAAAAAGAAAACCCAAAGAUUUAAUUUGACGUUGUUGUGCACUGAUGUUUCUGACCAUUGAUAAUCAAUUUGUUAAAAUCCAAUCAGGUCCCGAGGUCAGGUUUUCCUCUAGUCUUUCUGAGAGAUAAUGGGGUAAAGA